CAGGGUGGGGGGCGCUGAAGCCGGAGAAGAGCGAGCAAAGUUUGCAGCGCGACAGCCUGGGCGGCCCACCAGCAAAGGCCGGAGCUGCAAGCAAGAGCCCCGCGGAAGACAGACAGCGAAAGGGUUUUUUUUUCCAACGGGGGGGCUUCGUACUAUCAGCCCCCCCUCCUCUCUUCCUCCCCCCCCAGGGGUGAAAGUGCAAGAGGAAGUGCAGCCGCUGCCAUCUUUCCUCCUCUCCAAACACACACACAUACACACACACAGAGGGAGGGGGACGAACAGAUAGACCAGACAGAGCGCCGGCAGUCCCCGAAAACUUCCAGGCUUUCGACGGCGAAGAAAAGGAGCUUCCUCCGACACCAGCCGCCUUCUCCGUUCCUCCGCAGCGCCUCGUGGCGGCCGCAAAGAGCGUGCAACGGAGCACCCCCCCCCUCUCCGGCGGGGGCCUCGGCUGUUGCUGCAAUCGCUGGUCCGUGCGGCGCGCGCGCGCCCCCCUCCGCCCGAGCCUUUUGUUCCUCCCCACCUGCCUCUCUCUUCCCUUCUGCCUCUCCGUCUUCUCUUCCCUCGCGAUCCCCGCGCGCCUUUGCAAAAGCACUAGUCUUGCGCGCUCGCGCCCAGCGCCGUCGGGGCCCGGGGAAUUUUCUGUAAGGCGCGGGGCUGAGCGCGUGCGCCAUUCCCCCUUGUCUCUUUUCUUCCCCCCGCCCCAUCUCUCGCUCUCUCUCUGUGUCUUUAGGCGGACGCGCGCGCACGGGCACCUCCAAGCCGAGCGGCUGAGCGCCGGGACAGCGCGCCCCCUGCUGGCCGCAGCGGGGGAAGGCAAGCGGGCAGGGCAGGCCGGUCGCCAGCCCCGAUGGAGCGGGUGAGCGAGGCGGCCGUCGCUGCAGCCGCCGCCGCUGCUGCCAAUUCCUGCGGCCCGUCCCCGCCGGGCUGCUACACGUACCAGGUGAGCCGCCAUAGCACCGACCUGCUGCACAGUCUCAACCAGCAGCGCAAGAACGGCGGGCGCUUUUGCGACGUGCUCCUGCGGGUCGGGGACGAGAGCUUCCCCGCGCACCGGGCGGUGCUGGCCGCCUGCAGUGAGUACUUCGAGUCUGUCUUCAGCGCCCAAGGGCUGAGCGGCGGGACCGACGGAGGAGGAGCCGGAGGGCCCGGGGCGCAGGACGGGGGCGCUGCUGAAGCGGCCGGGGGUGGCGGCGGGGCAGGGGGCGCCCCCGGGGUCGGCCGGGAGCUAGAGAUGCACACCAUCAGCUCCAAGGUGUUUGGGGACAUCCUGGACUUUGCCUACACCUCGCGCAUCGUGGUGCGCCUGGAGAGCUUCCCCGAGCUCAUGACCGCUGCCAAGUUCCUCCUCAUGCGGUCUGUUAUUGACAUCUGCCAAGAGGUCAUCAAGCAGUCCAACGUGCAGAUACUGGUCCCCCCAGCCGCCCGCCCUGACAUCAUGCUUUUCCGCCCGGGUGCCGCCACCACCGAUCUUGGUUUCCCCCUCGACAUGACCAAUGGCACUGGACUAGCACCCAAUGGCAAUGGAAUCGCUGGAAUGCCUGAAGAUGAGGCCACCAGAGCUGCCCUCUCUGCAGCUGCCCAGUCAUCCUUGCCUGUCCUGCAGGGUGUCGACCGCCUGCCCAUGGUUGCGGGCCCACUGUCCCCGCCGCUGCUAGCUUCACCCUUCCAGAACGUGGGGCCGGCUGCUCCUUCAUUAAACAGCAAACGGGGAAGAGGGCGACCCCGCAAAGCCAACCUUUUGGACUCCAUGAUGUUCAGCGCUCCAGGCGGCUUGAGGGAUGCCGGCAUUCUUCCUUGUGGCCUCUGUGGGAAAGUAUUUACAGAUGCCAACCGCCUACGGCAGCACGAAGCCCAACAUGGGGUAACCAGCUUACAGUUGGGCUACAUAGACAUUCCACCGCCGAGGCUGGGUGAAAACGGGGUUCCAGGUCUGGAGGACCCUGAGGCCCCCCGAAAGAGAAGCCGGACAAGAAAGCAAGUGGCUUGUGAGAUCUGUGGGAAGAUUUUUCGGGAUGUGUACCACUUGAACCGGCACAAGCUGUCACAUUCUGGUGAGAAGCCUUACUCCUGCCCGGUCUGUGGGCUGCGGUUCAAGAGGAAAGACAGAAUGUCCUAUCACGUUCGGUCCCAUGACGGGUCUGUGGGAAAGCCUUAUAUUUGUCAGAGCUGCGGAAAAGGUUUCUCUAGGCCUGACCACUUGAAUGGGCACAUCAAGCAGGUGCACACAUCAGAGAGACCUCACAAAUGUCAGGAAAUUUCCAGCCUCCAUGGAAUAAGCUCAGAGACAUCUACAUCCAUAGAACAGUUGAAACUUCAAGAGACUUGCAAUGCUUCCUUUGCUACCCGCGACCGGCUGCGCUCGCAUCUCGCAUGCCACGAAGACAAAGUUCCAUGCCAGGUCUGUGGGAAGUAUUUGCGAGCAGCAUACAUGGCCGAUCAUUUGAAGAAACACAGUGAAGGACCAAGCAACUUCUGUACCAUCUGCAACAGAGGUUUCUCCUCUGCCUCCUACUUAAAGGUCCAUGUUAAAACCCACCACGGUGUUCCCCUUCCCCAGGUCUCCAGGCACCCGGAGCCCAUCCCGAAUGGGGGAGCAGCGUUCCACAGCAUCAGGACCUAUGGCAUCAAAGAAGGCCAGAAAUGCUCACAUUCGGACCAGAUUGAGAGUUCAGAUUCCUAUGGCGAUCUCUCCGAUGCCAGCGACCUCAAGACCCCUGAGAAACAAAAUGCCAACGGUUCCUUCUCCUGCGACAUGGUUGUCACCAAAAAUAAAUUGGAGUCAGAGGGAGAUAAGAAGUACCCCUGUCCUGAAUGUGGAAGCUUUUUCAGAUCCAAGUCCUAUCUCAACAAACAUAUACAGAAAGUUCAUGUUCGCUCCCUGGGGACCCCAUUAGGGGACUUGGGCCCUGCAUUGGGGUCCCCCUUUUCACCCCAACAGAACAUGUCUCUUCUGGAAUCAUUUGGGUUUCAGAUUGUUCAGUCUGCAUUUGCAUCCUCCCUGGUGGAUCCAGAGGUCGACCAGCAACCAAUGGGGCCGGAUGGAAAAUGAAGGCCAGCUUUAACCUUAACAAAGCAGCAGUCUGUUUUAUGUAUAAUUAUAAAAUGGCUGUGAAUGAGGGGGAGUAACAGAAUCCAGUUUUGUAGCUGAGGCAUUUUUAAUACCCUUUAGGUUCCCUCCUUUACUUGUUCUCCUCUCUAAAUCUUCCCUGGGUGGAGAAUGUUGGUCAGCUGACCAUCUGCAGGGUGUCUGCAUGACAAUGAAUUGAUGACCUCGGGGCUGCAGUGCAGGCAGAAUUUGUGCAAAGCAUCCAAGAGGUCUGUAGAUGACCCAACUUGGAACCAGGAAAGAAUGAAAAGCCACACACACAAGUUUGAGAAUUAUAAAGAACCCAAGUUGAUCCAGCAGAGAAAGCUCGCUUUCUUGAUACCCUUUAUCCUCUCUCGUUUUUUCUGCCCCAUUAACCCUUUCCUGAGAGUCUCAUAUUAGCGUCAUUGUCUGCUCAUAAAAACACACCCUGUGGUAUCUAGUAGGUAAAAGUGCCGUUGUUCUUUUUACAAAACAGAAAUCAAAUUUUUUAAAAGUUGUGUUUUUUUUUAAAGACCAGAUUCACAUCAAAGCGGGCACCACAGCAUUUGAGAGAGCGAUACCACCAUUAUCUGGGUGUCAGCAAAUCCAAAGCCUGUUCUUGGGACAAUCCAGUGGGAAAUUCUCCUGCACAGUCUCCACAUGCAGGGGUCCCAUUCAUUUUAGUAGGCCUUGGCAGGAGAAUUUCCAGAAGAUGGUGCCCCUUGUUUGUUUGUUUCUCUUAUCUUCACAAAUUUUCUGUUGGUUUUCUGGAUCUCUCUUUUUUGUUAUUAUUACUUUUAUGAUUUUAGGACCUGUUAUAGUGAUUUGCCACUGAGAUGCCCUUUCAGGGCGAUUAUACAGAGAGCUCUUAAAGCAGCAGUCAUGUUAGGGUUAGUAUUAAUUUUUUUAGAUGUAUCAUAAUUAAUAACUUGGCUAGUUGAUUGUUUUUAAGUCUAUGGAAUAAAAUAGUUAUGCAAAUGGAAGAAAGGAAAAAAAAGAGUAGGUUAAAAAUAAAAAUAACAACAGUGCACACUCAGUUGGUUGAUGAUGGCUUGAUGCAUAAAAGACCCCAGAAGAUGAAAUUAAUCAGCGAUAGGAUACAUUUUUCUGGACCACCAACAUGUUUAGUGCAAUUAAAUAUAGGGUUCACAGAGUGAUUUUUUUAAAAAUAAUUGGAUUGGACUGCAUUAAAGA